AUGGAGUUCUUACUGGGGAAUCCGUAUAGCACUCCUGUUGGACAGUGCAUUGAAAAAGCCACAGAUGGUUCCCUGCAAAAUGAGGACUGGACGCUCAACAUGGAGAUCUGUGACAUUAUCAACGAGACAGAGGAAGGGCCAAAAGAUGCCAUCAGAGCUGUGAAAAAGAGACUGAACGGGAACAGAAACUACCGGGAGGUGAUGCUUGCUCUGACAGUGCUGGAGACCUGUGUGAAAAACUGUGGCCACCGUUUCCAUGUCCUUGUUGCUAACCGGGACUUCAUCGAUGGUGUCUUGGUGAAAGUCAUCUCUCCGAAAAAUAACCCUCCGACCAUAGUGCAGGACAAAGUGUUGGCAUUGAUACAGGCUUGGGCAGAUGCUUUCAGGAGUAGCCCAGAUCUGACUGGAGUCGUCCACAUUUAUGAAGAGUUGAAGAGGAAGGGCACUGAGUUCCCCAUGGCAGACCUGGAUGCCCUCUCACCAAUUCAUACUCCACAAAGGGGAACCCCUGAGGUGGAUCCAGCCACACACAAAUACAAAGUGUCUCCCCAGUCCAACGCUGCAUCUCAGAAUGCCUCUAAACCUGUUACUGCCACUGCCCAAUCUUUCACCCCUCCUCAGGCCCCUGUCAUGCAGGGCCCCAUCACUGCCAACCCAGAGCAGAUUGCCAGACUGCGGAGUGAGCUAGACAUUGUGCGUGGAAACAGUAAAGUGAUGUCAGAGAUGCUGACGGAGAUGGUGCCUGGGCAAGAGGACGCCUCAGACCUUGAGUUACUGCAGGAGCUGAAUAGGACAUGCAGGGCCAUGCAGCAGAGAAUAGUGGAACUCAUCUCUCGUGUGUCCAAUGAAGAGGUCACUGAGGAAUUGCUGCAUGUCAACGAUGACUUAAACAACAUUUUCCUUCGAUACGAGAGGUAUGAGAGAUACAGAUUGGGCCGAGCAGCUCAGAACAAUGGAGUUCUUAACGAGGCCACAGAGGAUAACCUGAUUGAUCUGGGCCCGGGCUCGCCCGCUGUAGUCAGUCCUCGUGUCAGCAGCGCUCCUACGUCCAGCACUCCUGCUGCUCCGACUGCUCCUGCUGCUCCGACUGCUCCUGCUGCUCCGACUGCUCCUGCUGCUCCUGCUGCUCCUGCUGCAGUCUCCACAGUCGCUUCCCUGUCCACUCAACUGGCUGGACUUGAUGUGGGUGUAGAUAGUGUAAGUGGAACUCUUAGCUCUCUGCCUACUCACAACCCCCAGGAUGAUUUUGACAUGUUCGCUCAGACCAGAACAAGCUCCCUGGCCGACCAGCGCAAAAACGUGAAGUACGAGGACCCGCAAGCCCUCGGCGGCCUGGCUUCCGCCCUGGAUGUCAGACAGCAGAACACAUCCGGGAUUCCCGUCUCGCAGUCCUCUGUCAUGGAUGACAUUGAGGAGUGGCUCUGUGCUGAUGUGAAAGGUGAUGAGGCAGAAGAAGGCGUGACAAGUGAAGAAUUUGACAAGUUCUUAGAAGAAAGGGCCAAAGCCGCAGACACAGCACUACCAUCGCCCCCUAGUGGAGACCCCGGCCCACCUGUGAGUUCCUCUGGCAGCAGCCGCAAGAAAGCGGAGCGGACGGAGGACGCCCUGUUUGCCUUGUAGAUGGCUGACCGGAGAAAAAAAAAAAAAAGCUCUCUUCUCUGGAAGCCUCCCCUCUCGCCAUAACCAGCUCCAUUCCAGCGCUGCAGCAGUGUAGAGAACUAGCAUCUCUCGUCAUUGCCCCUUCUUACCAACAUCCAGACGCUUGCUGCCUGCGCCACAACUCUGCAAUUCUAUCGACGUGUUUGAUGCAUCAAAGAUAUCGUCAUAGUCUUGCGUCCCGUUUCACUCCCCUGACUGUGGGGAGCUUAGCCUGACACUGUGAGACAGGGCGUGUGGUUAAGGUCUACUUCUGACUUUAUCUGUAGCUGGAUUGAAUAGGGGGCAUGCCGUAAAUGGUUUCCAAUAGAAAAUGCAAUUAACAGAAAGUCGAUUAUGUUUUUAAUGAGAUCAUUUAAAGGUUUCUUUGAUUUUUUUUGUGAGGCAUUCCAUUUUCUAUUAAUUUAUUCCUAAUUUUCAACAUUUUACUAAGAAUAUGGUAUCUUAUGAAUAUAUGGUGAUUUCUUUUUUUUCACAUUUUUUCCUUAGAUCUCCAAAAUGUAAAUAUCGUUAACAAAAGAAAAAAAAAAAACCCUGCCAUUCCAUCAGUUUGGUUGUAUAAAUUCUAAAUCGCUCCUGUUGAAAAAUAAAGUGUAGUUCUGUGCCAUUCUUUCCAAUGAGACUGAGGUCACCAGAAAUCAAGGCUGUAUUACUCACCUCUCCUGCUCUCAGGCUGCACAGAGAGAUGAGCCAGACCCGUGCGUAUCUGAUGAGCAGGGCAAAGUUUGAAAAGGGAAAGCCAAUACAUUUAAUUAUUUUAUCCUUACCUAUACCUUGUCUGACACUGAGGGCCACCUGUCCAUUCUCCCUGUGUGUUUGCGUGCAUGGCUGUUCGACUGUAAGUGUGGAGGGGGGGGGAUAUGGCUGCUUAGUCAUAAUUGCCACUCGCGUAUACUGACCAAAGGUAGUUUAGAUGACCUUUCUUGCAGAUGCUUUUUCCCCCAAAAUGGAGUGAGUUUUUAAUGCUCUCUCUUUUCCAAAGAGUCAAAUGUAAGCACUUCUAUGUCUUCAAGUUAAGAGUAAAUUUUUCAGAUAUAUGUUGUCCAGAGAAGAUUAACUGCUUUAAGACACA